AUGCAGAAGGGACACGGCAGCGUGGCGUACGCCCAGCAGGAUACCAUGGCGGACUAUGUGCAGAAUAUUCUCUUCGAGAGGAACCGGGCGGUUUUCGAGGCUCGAGCACGGCGCCAAGAGGAGGCGCUGACGUUGGACCUGGUGCGCGCCCAACGGGAUCGGAUUGAGACUCUGCAGAAGGAACUGCGACAGCUUUCUCAGAAUUUCAGACAGGUGUCUGCCAGUCGAGUUUUAAAGCAGGAGAGGACGCAGGCAGUCAUCGAGGCCGAAGAGGAAUCGAAGCGUCUCCUUCUUCAGACUGCCCAGGAGAAAACGGCGUUACAGACGCGGGCGCAGGCGUUGGAGGCGCAAUGCCACGCGGCGCAACAAACGGAGCAGCGUCUUCGAGACAAGGUCAACGCCCUGGAGCGCGAGCACGAAGGCCUCCGUGCGCAGCUUGCAGUCGCGGAGCAGAAGAGGAGCGAGUGUGCAACCCAGCUGGCGGAGACCAGCAAGGCCGUCAAAUCCCUGCAGAGCGAGGCCGUCGCCGCGCAGUCGGCCGCGGCUCUGCAGGCAGAGGAGGCUCUGAAGCGGGAAGAGGAAAUUCGCACGCAGCACGAGACACGCAUUGCGGAGUUGGAGGAGCAAGUUGCAGCGUUGGUUACUCAGCUGUCAGCAGCUCAAGCGCAGGCGAAGGAUCGCCUCGCCGAGCAAGAGAAGUUGAAGGUGGAAGCCGCGAAAGCGGCGAAAGCGGAACCGCAAGCUAAGGCUGCGUGCGCGUCUGGACAGCCGGAAGCGGAGCGCGCGCCCGAACUGACCAUGGAGAGGUUCCGGGCGAAGAUGAAGGAGGAAGGCGCCGCGGCACGCCUCCAGUUCGAGGCGAAGCUGAAGGAGGCGGAGGAGCGGUACAGAAAAGACGUCGCCGACGUACGAGCGCUCCUGGAGAAGGAGCGGACGCAGUGGAUUCUGCAGAGUGAGGAAGAGAAGAAGAAGCUGUUGGCCGAAGUCGAGGGCGAGAAGGCGAACGUGAGGCGGCGGAUGCAGGAGGAGUUUGAGGCGCAGAUCCGCGCGGUGGAGAACCAAGCGAAGGCGCGGCAGAAGGAAGCGGACCUCGCAGUGAAGUUGCAGGCGGAGAACGAAGCGCUGCAGAAGGAAGCGGACCUCGCAGUGAAGUUGCAGGCGGAGAAGGAAGCGCUGCAGAAGGAGAAGGCGGCUCUCGAGGCCGCGGCCCAGCGGGAGAAGGAAGAGCUGGAGCACGAGCGCCAGGCGAAGCGGAGCGUCGAGGAGCGGGUCAGCAAGAUGGAGCAGGAGAGGAGCAAACUGGAGGAAGAAGUGGUGCGUCUUCGCGAAGAGCGAGACGCGAAGCCUGCGCAGGAUCCGUCCGAGGUUGACGAGACAGCGCAGCUGAGCUCGCAACUCGAGACGCUAACGACAGAGACGCAAAGCCUUCGGGAGAAAGUCGCCGCCCUGGAGCAGGAGCAGAAAAAGGUCGAGACCGAGAAGCUGGCGUUGGAGCGGGAGAAUGCGCGACUGCAAGAGGAGCUGGGAGAAGACUUGGCCAGCACGUCGGCCAGCGACGGCGACGCUCUGGCCGCCGGCCAGGCGAAGCAGAAGGAGGUCCAGGAUCUGGAGGCCGAGUUGGAGAGGACCAGGGAAGAGGUACAAAAGUGGAAAAAGCGCGCAAUCCAAGAAAGACAUAAACGCAAAGCGGAGCAAGGGACUGCCGGAGAAACAGACGGCGAGACAGGAAAAGACGAGGAGAGAAAAGAAGGAACGGAAGGAACGGAAGGUGAAGGAAAGGAAGGUGAAGGACAGGUAGCGAAGGAAAGUGCAGAGUCAGCUACGCUGCCUGCAGAUGAGGCCGACGACGAUGAGAUUCAUUCGAUGGACGCACAGGACCUCGUCACGAAGCUUGAGGCAGUGCGCGAAAAAUUCAAGGUCGCCAAGUCGGUGUACAUGCAGCUGGUGCACAAGCACAACACUCUCGUCGAAAAGUACAAUCGACUCCUCGAAAUUGUCCAAACCGCGGAAGCGAGCAAGCGAGAGCGCCACAAGGACGGACAGAAGAAGGACCAGGAGAAGGCGAACGAGGAGCCGGAGAGUGCAGGCGGACUGUUUAGCUUGUUCUGGUAG